CGACGAUUCAUAACUCGUCUCUCAUCUCCCGGACUUUUCCCAACUUUCCCCUACCGGUACUACUCAGGGUACUACUUGGACUCUAGAUCUACGCUACCACGCCUGCUGGUGGGUCUGGACUCUGGAGUGUCCGGAAAAGAGUUAGUUAUUCGAGUAUUCCGCUGUAGGGAAGGCAGCCUACAUAUCGCUCCUCCCAACACUUCGCCCUUCGAACAACAAUGUCCGCCAGUGCGUCGAUUUUCGAGGCGGACCAAACGCUUCGCCGCCGGCGGCCGUCUGGCGACGAAAGCGCCGGUGCGACGACCUCCUCUUUGCGCUCCAUUCGUUCAAAUACGACACCUCGCACCCGGGUGUCGAGGAGAGCGAGGCCGGCUCAGGCUGGACCCAUAAUAUCUAUCUGGGACGUGGCCACCAUAGGACUUCUGUUUUUCUAUCUAUACCUGGCGCCAUAUACGAAGGUGGAAGAGUCGUUCAACCUACAAGCCGCCUACGACCUGAUCGAGCACGGGCCCCAGAACCCGCAGAUCUUUGACAACCUCGCAUACCCUGGAGUUGUGCCGCGGACUUUUGUCGGUCCUCUCGUCAUUUACUGCCUAACGUAUCCCUUGAAGCUGCUAUCUAUGCCUUUAUUCACAUGGCAGUACAUUGUCCGCGGCGUAUUGGGCCUCGCUGUUGGCAUCUCGCUUGCGCGUAUCCGUCGCGCGGUUCAUAAUGACUUUGGGCCCGUUGCCGCCAACUGGUAUGGGGCGUUCACGGCGGCACAGUUUCAUCUGACAUUUUGGGGAACACGGACUCUUCCGAAUACAUUCGCAUUCGUUCUGGUGAACUCGGCAUUUGCGCUCUGGAUCGGGUCACCACGGACGAUGCCCACUGACAUUGAGGAAGAAAGCUUUGGAGAACCAUAUGCGUUGAAAAUGACGGCGCUACUCGUGUUCACAUCAGCAGUGUUUCGAUGUGAUGUAGCGUUGCUGACGGCCGCAAUCUUGAUUGGCGAGUUCACCCGCACCCCUUUCGUUCCGGUGAUCAAGCAUGCGAUGAAAACCGGCCAGUUCUCGGUCCUAAUCACAACAGUGGUGGAUUCCUGGUUCUGGCAACAAGUUACGUGGCCGGAACUGUCAGUAUUUCAGUUCAACACCGUCAAAAACGGGUCGGAAGCGUAUGGUGUUAUGCCAUACCAUGCCUAUUUCUCGCGUUUGCUACCCAAAAUGUCUCCAUUGGGCAUUCCCCUUGUCACCUACGCGUUCGGAGUGGAACCGAGAACGAGAAGGUACACCGUACCCGUCGCAGCGUUCGUAGCGCUGUACUCCUUCCUUCCGCACAAGGAAUGGAGGUUCAUCAUCUACGCGCUACCGAUCAUGAACGCAAUGGCAGGGGUGGCCGUCGCACACAUCAGUAGGCCCAGCGCGGACUGGCGAAAAACACGGCGUUCCGCUGUGCUCGCGCUCAAGUUUUAUGUGCUGGCACAUUUCGCUGCGUCGUUCUUCAUGGCUUACGUUUCGUCAUUCAACUACCCUGGUGGGGAGGCGCUGGCCCGCGCAAACCACGAUAUAUACCCGUAUCCCACCGCGGCCUCUGAAAGUCUAAGCGAAGCCGACAGGCCUUACGUUCAUCUUGAUGCACCCACGGCGAUUUCGGGUGCGUCGUUGUUUGGACAGGAUCGGAGGAUCAGAUACUCGAAGAACGAGACGUACUCCACACCAGAGGAAUAUUUCAAGGAAGGGUUCACACAUCUGAUCACCGCCGAUCCACACUUUCACUUGGGCUUGCGGGACGAGCUCAACCAAGAAGCGUGGACACCUGUGGAGGUCAUCUAUGGGUAUGCCGGCCUCGAGAGGUAUCCCGGGGGUCUGACGGCUUGGGCGAAAGAUGUUAUCCACAGGGCUGGCGACGUAUUACGACAAGACAAGCUGACGAGAGCGGCCUUGAUGAUCCUUGACGACGACCCUAUUGUAGCCCAGCCGAAAACGCGGCCACUCUCGGUCUGGGAUGUCCCUGUGAUCCCGGUCAUGAUUCGCUUGGAGCCUAAAUUAUGGAUCUUGGAGAGCAUACGAUAUCCCGUUUUUCCUUGAGCUGAGCCUGUUUCUUCUGUUUCGAUAGACGCUGCACACUUCUCAUUUUUGUUCGUGCUACGACGCUAACUGAGAGUUUGGGCACGCAUGGCCGGCGUUGCGCCUUUACGCUCGUUUAUUGCAAGUAACUGUAUCUAUUGUUCUUCGCCAACAUUGUACAUUAUAUCUAUCGCUAGCGAGCCUUUCGGUGCUCGGGAGCAUGACUUGUCUCAUAAUCGAUAUGCACAAACGCCCGUUCCACAUUCGGCAGCGUUUCGAUCUUAUUCUGUAGCGCUUCUGCGAUGUCGUGCGCUUCGCAUACGAGCAUAUCGGGUG